AUGCGGCAGUCGCCAAAUCUAAACAGAAGCCCGGCGCAAGCUGCUCGGGACUCGACUCCAUUCUCGCAUAAUCCUUCCAGAUCCCAAACUCCGCAAUCUCCAUCCAGCAUGUUAGAUUGGGAAACGUCCCCGAUUGUGACGUCGACAUUCCUCGCCGGCGUCCCGCUCGCCACCGAAGAUCAAGGAUUGCGCUUCUUCCUUAACCGGUUUGUCACGGCCGUUUCAGCCGGGACAGUGGCCUGCACCGCUCUUUCUAACAUCCUCAACGACAGGCCAUUGCGAAUGGUUGCGAGUGAAAAGUACGUGUCUGCUCUGAGCGUCGUCCGAGGGGCAGUGGAGAGGCGCCAGCGGGUGACUAUGCAACCGACAUUCAAGGUCAUCCUGAUGCUGAGCCUGCUUAAGUCCAUGAGCCAGGUCUUACGAGGCUUGGACCACCAGGCACAGAUGCAGUACUAUUUUAUUUUAAUCGUCAAAUACUUCCUGGCCGAGGGAGAAUCUCCCGCGGAACUGCGGAACUGGUCAUCCGACAUCCUCAAGAUGUCUUCGCUGCCCGAGGACCAGCCAGGUAUCGAACUGGUUGACAUUUUUGUCAUGUUCAUGAGGCUGCAUUCAACUCUCCGCCGCCAUCCAUAUUCCGACGCAAAAAUUGUGAUCCACUUGGCCCAGCUGCUCGAUCGAGAGCUAGAUGCCUGGGAAACACAUCUUCCAGACAAGUGGACAUUCGUCAUGGAAAAGUCUGAUAAUCGCGAGUUUAUCUUCAAUGGGCAGUGUCAUGUCUAUCAAGACGUGUGGGUCUCAAGAACCCUGAGUCACUACCAACGGGGGCGGUUGCUAGUGAACGAACUGAUCCUCUGCCACUUUUCGAGGCUGAAGCCAUUGUCGCAGCGCAGUUUCAUCCAGCGACAGCAAGCAUCGAACGCGGUUUCAAGGAUGGCAACCUAUAUUUGUAUCGGGGCUGCCAGCCAGAUGAGUCUGUUCGGGAGUAGUAUUCCGACGGGGAAAGCAUCGCGAUUACCACCGCUAAACGGUGUCUUUAUGCUGCUGUUUCCCUUAGCUGUGGCGGGAAGUGCAGCCGGGGCCCCAGACCAAGUACUUGAGUGGGUGGUGGAGACACUUCAGAGGAUUUGGUAUAGCAUGGGGAUCCAACCUGCAUUGGAGUUAACCCCCCGAGUAAAACAGAUUCUCCGUCGAAAGAUGGACCAGUGGCAGAACUUGGAAAGUAGUUGA